AUGGGUCUUCAUCUGUUAGGGUUUAUUGAUGAUGUAAAGUGUGAAGUUGGGUUUAAAGGAAAUCAUGAGAAAAUUAAUUUGAUUCUUGUGGUGAAGCUGAAGUCAAAUUCGUGUCCAGCAAAUCGAAAUCAAGUUAAUCAACUGAAUCUAAUGGUGGUGAAACUGAAUUUGCUGGUGGUGAAGGAAAAAGAGGCAACUUUAACGGAUUGGGGCAUUUCGAUAUCAUUUUGGGGCAUUUUAAUCUUUCGCCUAACGGCCGGGGCAUUUUCACAAUCAUGGAGUCCAUUUCGGGGCAUUUUGCCACUUGACCCUAACACAAAAGGUGCUAGAGUAAUAAAUAUUGUUGUAAUUGGUGGUAUCGGUAAGACAACUGUUGCUCAGUCUGUGUAUGACCAUGACAAGGUUAAAUCACAUUUUGACAACUGUGCUAGAGGAAUUCUGGAAGCUCUAUCGUCGUCUUCUCCUUUGGAUGAUAAUGAUGCUGAUUUUAAUUAUGUUGCUAAUUCUCAUGGUGCUGAUAUGCUUCCUCUUUUGACUCACUUGAGCAAUCGUAUCAAACAAAAUAAAUUCUUACUUGUUUUGGAUGACGUCUGGAAUGAGGACAUCCGCGAUUGGCUAGCUUUGAAGAGCCUCCUUGUUGGUGCUCCGGGAAGCAGCAUACUGAGCCUCACGCGCAAUAAAAUGGCAGCCUACUUAAUGAGCACGACAACACUUCACGAGCUAAAACCUCUAUCUAAGGAGUCUGCUUGGAAAUUAUUUUGUCAAAGCGCUUAUGGAAAAAAGGACGAUGUUGCUGAUACAUUGAAACCGUUUGAAGACAUCGGAAGAAUAGUCUUACAGCGUUGCAAUGGUGUCCCUCUUGCACUGAAGUGUCUUGGAGGUCUGCUGCGAGCUAAAACCUCCAGACAUGAAUGGGAAGAUGUUAUGGAAAGUGAUAAAUGGGAGCUGCUAGAGAUGGAACCAAUCCUGUCGGCUCUUCACUUUAGUUACUACAGUUUGCCACGCUGUCUCAAACUAGGCUUCUCUUACACUGCCCUAUUCCCAAAGGAUAGGAUAAUCAACAAGAGCACGCUGAUAAAGCUGUGGAUGGCAGAAGGUUUCCUCGGCUCAUCCGCAACAAAAGAUAGAGAUCCAGAAUUGGUAGGUCAGGACUACUUUCAGUAA